UCAAAAUCAAACUUUUUUUCAUUUCAGGAUCAAAAUUUUUAGUAUAAAAAAAUAGAAUAAUGAACAAUUUAACGGAAAAAUAAUAUGCCGUCGUCGGGAGAAGUCAUUCAAAUCCAUAUCGGACAAGCCGGAGUACAAAUAGCAAACGCAUGUUGGGAACUUUACUGCUUAGAACAUGGCAUACAACCCGAUGGUUGUCUUUAUCAAGGUGGUGGACGAAACGUAGAUGAUAGUUAUAACGCGUUUUUCUCAGUUUCAAUGGCUGGGAAAUGUGUGCCAAGAGUUGUGAUGGUUGAUUUAGAACCAACGGUGAUAGAUGAGAUUAGAACGGGAACUUACCGGCAAUUAUUUCACCCCGAAACUCUUUUAACUGGUAAAGAAGAUGCCGCUAAUAAUUAUGCGAGGGGUUGUUAUAGCGUUGGAAAAGAAAUGAUUGAUUUAGCUUUAGAUAGGACUCGAAAGAUUGCGGAAGGGUGUCAUAAAGUGCAAGGAUUUAUUUUAUUUCGCGCUUUUGGAGGAGGAACUGGGUCGGGAUUUACUACUUUAAUGAUGGAUAAUUUGUGUUCUGAUUAUGGAAGGACGAGUAAAUUAGAAUUUGCUGUUUACCCAGCUCCACAUAUAUCCCCGGUUAUUGUUGAACCUUACAACGCCGUUUUAACAACUCAUGGUUGCAUGGAUUUCGAAGAUGUUUGCUUCGUUAUGGACAACGAGGCGAUGUACGACAUCUUAGCAAGAAGUUUAGAUGUCUCCCGUCCAACUUACACCAAUUUAAACCGUUUAUUAGGACAAGUCGUGUCAUCGGUGACUGCAUCUUUACGGUUUGAAGGCCAGGUUAACGUGGAUCUAGUCGAAUUUCAAACGAAUUUAGUGCCUUAUCCAAGAAUUCAUUUCCCUUUAAUUACCUUUGCUCCUUUUGUACCUGCCUCAAAAGCUUACCACGAAGCUUUAUCAACUGCUCAAUUAACAAAUUCUUGUUUUGAACCUGCUAAUCAAAUGGUUAAAUGCGACCCGAGAAACGGACGUUACAUGUCUUGUUGUCUUUUGUAUCGGGGGGACGUCGCCCCAACGGAUGUUAAUAACGCCAUUGCGAAUAUAAAGAGUAAACGGACGAUUCAAUUUGUUGAUUGGUGUCCAACUGGGUUUAAGGUCGGUAUAAAUUAUCAACCCCCAACGUGCGUACCUGGUGGUGAUUUAGCAAGAACCCAAAGAGCUGUUACAAUGUUAUCAAAUAGCACAGCAAUAAAAGAAACUUGGCAACGAAUAUGUCACAAAUAUGAUCUGAUGUUUAAAAAAAGGGCUUUUAUACACCAUUAUGUAGGUGAGGGAAUGGAAGAGGGUGAAUUUACUGAGGCUAGGGAUGAUAUCUCAGCUUUAGUUAUGGAUUUUAAGGAAGUUGAUGCUGAUACAUGAACUGUUCUUUUUACAAAA